AUGUCCCUUAAUCCUUUGUGCUCCGCUGUUGCAAACCUGGCCCUUGCUCCAUCUGGGAUGCGAGUUCUCGCCUUUCCCCUCCUUUGCAAGGGGAUUAGAGAGGAGGCAGUAGCUGCAGAAAUCAGAAAUAGCAUCAGAAACGAGCACAGCGUUGUGCAAACCCUCAACAUCCCCUCACUUGGUCACAGCUCUGGCUCCUGGGGUCUCCGAGCUUGUGCUUCCCAAGAUAUAAUAAAGGAGCAGAAUCGAGAGCUAAGAGGUACCCAGAGAGCUAUUACCAGAGAUAGAGCAGCACUUGAAAAACAGGAAAAACAGCUGGAACUAGAAAUAAAGAAAAUGGCUAAGACUGGUAAUAAAGAAGCCUGUAAAGUUCUAGCAAAACAACUUGUGCAGCUUCGAAAGCAGAAAAAUCGAACGUAUGCUGUUAGCUCUAAAGUUACCUCCAUGUCAACCCAAACAAAGGUGAUGAACUCUCAGAUGAAGAUGGCAGGAGCUAUGUCAACUACAGCAAAAACAAUGCAAGCAGUUAACAAGAAAAUGGACCCACAGAAGACGCUGCAAACUAUGCAGAAUUUCCAGAAGGAGAAUGUGAAGAUGGAGAUGACUGAAGAAAUGAUUAAUGAUACUCUAGAUGAUAUUUUUGAUGCGUCAGAUGAAGAGGAAGAAAGCCAGGAUAUUGUUAACCAAGUGCUUGAUGAGAUUGGAAUUGAAAUCUCUGGAAAGAUGGCCAAAGCUCCAUCAGCUGCCAGAAGCUUACCAUCUGCAUCCACAUCAAAAGCUGCUACUAUUUCAGAUGAAGAGAUUGAACGGCAGCUCAGAGCCUUGGGAGUGGAUUAGUUUGGCCUUCUACGGUCUGCCUUCCUACUUAGCUGCAGACGUGUAAAAGUGCAAAUAUUCCUUCAAUGCAACUGAAGCCUAGGAGAGCUCUGAAGCUUCAGAAGUGACGACUUGAAGUUGAUACUAGGGAGGGAGGAGAAUACUUUGAAUCAAUUGGCAGGAAGAACUACAUUUCUUGUGUCCAUUGCCUGCAGUCUUUUUAAGCACUGGACCAAAUAGGGAUCUAGUUCUAAUGAUGCAUCAUUUAUAAGUGAUCUGAGUAUGACCUCUGAGUUCAAGGUUUUCUUCUAAUCUCAGUUUUACGUAUUUCUUUAGAAUUGGCUGUUCUGCACCUGGUGGUGAUGUCUCCUAGGACAGCACCUAUAUAUAAAAUUUAU